AUUGAACCUCACCCAGACCAGAAGCCUUGUCAACCCAGUCCAAGACAUUCGAAGUCGCCGUCCGCACCAUGGCCCAAGCAGAGACGCCUUUUCGUGUCAUUGUCGUGGGUGGAGGCGUUGCUGGGCUCGCCGCGUCCCAUGCUCUUCAGAAGGCAGGUAUCGACCACGUCGUGCUGGAAAGGAGGUCCAGUGUGGCGCCACCAGAAGGUGCAAGCAUUGCAAUGUAUCCUAACGGGGCACGGAUCCUCCAUCAAUUCGGCGCCUUGGAAGCAGUGCAGAAGCAUUGCGUUCCACCUGGUCGUUACUGGGCGCGUCUGCCCAAUAAGAAGAUAAUUUCGAACAAUGGUGUCUUCCGCAUCAUCGAACAGAACCACGGCUCGGGACUACUCCUUAUCGAGAGACGACAGUUCCUGCAGGAGCUGUAUGAUACCUUGCCGAACAAUUCUUAUAUUCGGACAGAUGCUGGCGUGCGGGAUAUCAAGAUGACUCCCGGUGGGGUCGAAGUGGAAUUGAACAACGGCGACGUCGAAAAAGGCGAUUUGGUCCUUGGCUGCGACGGAGUCUACAGCCGUGUGCGGACCAUAAUGUGGGACUACGCGAACAAGAUGACCCCGGGACUGAUCCCGGUAGAGGAGAAACUGGCUAUCAAAGCGGACUGGAAAAGCCUCAUUGUCAUGACCACGGCGAUCCCAGAGCUCGGGGCCAAGGACCUAACAAUAGUCCACAACGACAACUACUCGCACAUGUUCACCAUGACCCCAAAAUUUGGCUACUUCUUCGUCUUCUUCCGCCUGAGCGAGCCCUGCACCUGGCCUCACCGGCCGCGAUACACGGACCAAGACGCCGAGGACCUGGCGGCCAAGAUUGCUAGUCACCCCGUGUCGGACACAAUGGUCUUUGGGGAGGUCUGGAAGCACCGGAUCAGGGCCAACGUCGUCAACUUGGAGGAAGGCGUCCUGGAUCACUGGUACCACGGCCGCAUUGCUCUCGCAGGCGACUCUGCGCACAAGGUCACCCCCAACAUGGCGUUCGGCGGCAACUCGGGCAUCGAGUCGGUCGCAGUGUUCACGAACCACCUCCGGCGGCUGCUGGCCGAGAGCAAGGGCGCCAAGCCGAGCGCCGCGAAGCUCGAGGCCGCGCUGGCCGACUACCAGCAGGAGCGCAGGGCCCGCAUGCUAGAGAUCUGCAACUUCUCGGGCGAGGUGACGAGGGCUCAGGCGUGGGCGAGCCCGUGGUACAAGUUCCUGGCGAGAUGGGUCAUCCCGAUGCUGCCGGCCAGCGCCUUCGGGAACCAGCUGGGGGCCAUCAUCAGCGCCGCGCCCAAGCUCGACUUCGUCGAUGUGGGCCAGUUCCCAGCUGGGCGCAUGCCCUGGAAGGAUUCGGUUGCGCCUCAUCGCCACACCGGCGACAACAAGUCGGGUGUCGGCCUUGGGAUUUCGGGCUAUGGCUAUCUGAGCGCUUUUGCCGCCUGCGCGUUGGUCUUGUACAUGAGCAGGCUGCUUCCAUUGGCCAUCAAUACUUGAGUAAUGGAAGUACUGUAUGUUUACAUAGCUACUGCUCGUCUCCUCAUUGUACUACAGCAGUCCAUAAUCCAGUACUACAAGGCCAAAUGUUGAGAACCCUCAUUUGGUGCAAUGAAAAUUGAUUAGUCUA